AUCAAACUAAGAAAUUCUUCUAGCGCUUAACAGUGAAACUACACAUUGCACACAGACGGGCAACACUGGAUUCGUGAGAUUACUGACUGUUUGACCUAUGCAGAGACUUUUUAAAACAAAAAUCCGGUUUCCAACUUCAAACAAAAUGGUUUCCAGCUCUAAUGAAUGCUUUUGUUAAGAGGGGAGAGAUUUUUAAAUUUAUACAAAAAGGAAAUCUUAUGCAGUAACUGGACAAUGGAGUAAAUUAAGUCUGGACUGUCUUAGAAUGAGUUUAGUUGGAGGAUUCCCACACCACCCGGUGGUACAUCACGAUGGUUACUCUUUUGCCGCUGCAGCCGCAGCUAGCCGCUGCCACGAAGAAAACCCAUACUUCCAUGGGUGGCUCAUUAGUCACCCGGAGAUGUCACCCCCAGAUUACAGUAUGGCACCGUCUUAUAGCCCCGAAUACGCUAACAGCGCUGCCGGACUUGACCACUCGCAUUACGGAGGAGUCCCGGCUCCAGGAACAGUUGGGAUCGGACCCCGUCCAGUGAAGCGCAGAGGUACGGCUAACCGCAAGGAAAGACGCAGGACUAUAAGCAUCAACAGCGCUUUCGCUGAGCUCCGGGAGUGCAUUCCAAAUGUGCCGGCCGACACAAAACUGUCCAAAAUCAAAACUCUUCGCUUGGCUACCAGCUAUAUCGCCUACCUCAUGGACCUACUGGCCAAAGACGAUCAGAACGGAGAGGCAGAGGCCUUCAAGGCAGAGUUCAAAAAGACAGAUGUGAAAGAAGAAAAGAGAAAGAAAGAACUGAAUGAGGUGUUGAAGAGUUCAACAAGCAGCAACGACAAGAAAACGAAAGGGAGGACCGGCUGGCCACAGCAUGUCUGGGCUUUGGAACUCAAACAGUGAAGCUUUCUAUUUUAUUUUUUCAAUCAAAGGCUUAAGAUAAAUGCUUCAAAUUUCUUUAAUAUAUACCCGAUAAACUAUAUUUUUCGGAAUAAUCAAACUUAUUUAUGUGCAAUUUCCCGCCCUGAACAGAAAGGAUAUUUGAAGAAAAGCAUUCAGUUUUUAAGUGGAGGAAACCGAUUCGGUAAUGGAUUGUGUCGCCUCAUAUGUUGUGAAUGUUUGUUUCGUUGCUUUAAAUGUACAAAAGAAAGCCAAAACAAUGUUGUAUUAUUGUUUGUGAAGUGUAGGCUAAUUUUCAAAGUUGGCUCUUGUUUUGGGUAUAAGUAUUGGUGGAAUCUAUUAAUGUUUCAUUUGGAAAUGUUAAGUGUGAUGUCUAUUUUGUGGUCGUCCAGUAUUUGAUGAUGUUUUCGAACAGCUGUUUAGUCUGUGCACUUCCGUCCAGAAAAGUGGAGUUUUAAUAAUAUUGGAGAUGUAAACAAUGUAAUUCAUUAAAUAAACCACUGUGUUUUUUUUUUUUUUAAAAAACAAAGCAUGAUCACUUGUUCUGUAUAUUAUGAACGAACAAAACAAGCAAUGUUGAUCAACUGUUAAAACAUGAAUAAAAAAAAGUAUGUUUUGAAUAAUACCGGCAAUAAUUAUGA